CACGCCCCCCCCCCAGCGCCACGGAGGAGGGGGGACCCUCUCCAGGGGCUUUUGCGCCCUCAGCAGGAUGCUCUUGCGCCGCAUUCAUGCACCGUCUCCGUCUUCCCCAGCGCGGGGUAGCUAGCGGGGCUGGCCCUCCUUACGGUCCUUGCGCCUUGCCUUAGCAGAGGCGCGGGGCUGUCGGGGUGCUCCCCUUCUCUCUCUCUUCCCCCGUAUAGCGACUGAGGCUGGGUUAGGCUACCCCAGUAGCCGGCGCGAGGCUGAAAACCGGGUGGCGACGGCUCCCUCGCUCAGGAACGGCACGGAUGUCGGUCUCCAGGUGCUGCGGCGGCGGCGGCAGAGCGAAGCGUCCUCUGCAGGGCCGGGAUUGGAAAGUAUGUAUGACCAAUUGUCCUACGCUAAUUGUUAUGGUUGGCCUCCCGGCAAGAGGGAAAACUUACAUCUCGAAAAAAUUGACACGCUACUUGAAUUGGAUUGGAGUGCCUACAAAAGAGUUUAAUGUUGGCCAGUAUCGCCGAGACCUGGUAAAAACGUACAAGUCCUUUGAGUUUUUCCUGCCAGACAAUGAAGAAGGCCUGAAAAUCCGAAAAACGUGUGCCUUAGCAGCACUGAAUGAUGUUCAUCGAUAUCUCAGUGAAGAAAAAGGACAUGUGGCAGUUUUUGAUGCCACAAACACUACAAGAGAACGCAGAGAAACCAUCUAUAAGUUUGGGGAAGAAAAUGGGUACAAGACCUUUUUUGUUGAGUCAGUAUGUGUUGAUCCAGAAGUCAUCGCUGCAAAUAUUGUGCAAGUGAAACUGGGCAGUCCUGAUUAUGUUGACUGCAGUAGUGAUGAAGCUACAGAAGACUUCAUGAAAAGAAUUGAGUGUUACAAGAAUUCAUAUGAGACACUAGAUGAAACUUUAGACAAGGAUCUUUCUUAUAUUAAAAUCAUGGACGUUGGAAGGAGUUACCUUGUGAACCGAGUAAUGGACCACAUCCAAAGUCGGAUUGUUUACUACCUCAUGAAUAUCCACGUAACUCCUCGUUCCAUCUACCUCUGUCGGCAUGGAGAAAGUGAACUAAAUCUGAAGGGAAGGAUAGGAGGAGACACAGGGUUGUCUCGCAGAGGAAAAGAGUUUGCCAAGAGCCUUGCACAGUUUAUUAAUGAACAAAACAUCAAAGACCUGAAAGUAUGGACAAGCCAGAUGAAAAGGACCAUUCAGACUGCAGAGGCAUUGGGAGUGCCUUACGAGCAAUGGAAAGUUUUAAAUGAAAUAGAUGCAGGAGUCUGUGAAGAAAUGACAUACGAAGAAAUUCAAGAAAAUUAUCCAUUAGAAUUUGCUUUGAGAGACCAGGAUAAAUACAGAUACAGAUAUCCUAAAGGAGAAUCCUACGAAGAUCUUGUUCAAAGAUUGGAACCAGUAAUUAUGGAAUUGGAAAGGCAGGAAAAUGUGCUUGUAAUCUGUCACCAAGCCGUUAUGCGCUGUCUGCUCGCUUACUUUCUGGACAAGCCUGCAGAACAACUGCCUUAUCUCAAGUGCCCAUUGCAUACUGUCUUAAAGCUAACCCCAGUGGCUUAUGGUUGCAAGUUGGAAUCUAUAUUUCUGAAUGUUGAAGCUGUAAAUACUCACAGAGACAAACCACAGAAUGUAUGUAUUAACCGCUCACGAGAGGAAGCCUUGAAGACAGUACCUAAUCAUUUGUAACUCCCCUGACCUACAACUCCGUCCCAAACUGCGGAAGCAGUGUUAAGGAAACAACUCAGGGACAUGAGAACAAACAGCCUACAAGGAAGCCAAGCGACGACAUAGAAAUCCAUGCACUCCUCUCUUUGAAUGUGUUUUCUUCUCCAUGGUGUUAGAGGUG